AUGUCAAUAUCCAACAUUACCCCUAACUCCUACCUUUUUAAAUUGGAAAAAGAUAUAGGUAAAAAUUUCCAUUUUUUGGGUUUAUUAACCCCCCUUUAAAUUGGAAAUAAAUUUAUUUUUCAAUGUGAAAAUUUUUAUAGGUGAAAAUAAAAUUUUUAUAAAUUAGUUUUGACCUAAUUUAUUAGGAGAAAAUGCAAUUAGAAUAUUAUUUAAACAGUUUUCACAUUAAUUUUGAAAUAAUUCUUUUCAAAUAAAUUAAAAUCUAAAACAUUUCUUUUUUAAUUUUUGAAAAUGUUUUUUAUAAAACUAUUUAAUAGAUUUUUUUUAUAAACUUUAAACCCCUUUAAAUUAAAUUGUGAUUUUUAUUCAGAUUUAAAGAGGAGUAAGAUUAUUGAAUUAACUAAAAGGAAGCUUCUCUCAAACCCCAAUCAUCCUCUAUCAAUUCUCCGCUCCAAAAUGUACUCAUUUGUCCACAAAACCUACCCUGGAGUGUUUAUCACAAAAGAUGAUUAUGACCCAGUUGUCGGAGUCAGAGAAAAUUUUGAUAAUCUUUUAAUUGCUCCAGACCACCCUUCCAGGCGUCCUAGUGAUACAUACUAUAUUGAUGAAAACACAGUCCUUAGAACCCAUACAACUGCCCAUGACUGCGAAAUGUUGAAAAAUCAUAAUGCAUUUCUCAUGACAGGAGAUGUAUAUCGAAGAGAUGAAAUAGACAGCACACAUUAUCCAGCUUUUCACCAGCUAGAAGGUGGAAGAGUCUGGAAUAAAAGUGAAUUCAGCUUUGCAGCCCAAGAAAAAGCUCAUGAUUUUGCCUUGACUGAGCUUAAAGGUAUGCUUGAGGGGCUUGCCAGAGAAUGUUUUGGAGAUGUGGAAAUGAGAUGGUAUGACAACUAUUUCCCUUUUGUAGAUCCAGGUUUAGAGCUAGAAAUCAGAUGGAAAGAUAACUGGAUGGAAGUCCUUGGAUGUGGCGUCUAUCAUCCACAAGUGCUUAGAAAUGCUGGAAAAUCUGAUGACUUCUUCGGGCUUGCUUUUGGUAUAGGGCUAGAAAGAUGGGCAAUGAAGGUUUUUGAUAUUCCUGACAUAAGGCUGUUUUGGUCUGAAGACCAACGAUUUUUAUCACAGUUUUCAGCUACAAAAGGCAUUACAAAGUUUAAAAGCUUUUCAAAGUUUCCUUUAUGCUACAAAGAUAUAUCUUUUUGGGUUCCUGAAAAAUUCGAAGAAAAUGACUUUUUCGAACUUGUAAGAGAAGUUGGAGGAGACUUAGUCGAAAGGGUCGAAAAAACAGACAAGUUUAGUAAAGGCGAUAAAACAAGCUACUGCUUUAGAGUAAAUUACAGGAGCAUGGAAAGGAAUUUAACGAAUGAAGAAAUUGAUGAAUUACAAUUUAGGCUCAGAGAAAAAGCGGUGGCAGAUCUUAAAAUAACUCUCAGAUAA